UUGCAGUCAAACUCAUCUACUGUCUUGGGACUCACACUUGGCAGUGGCAAUGGUGGCCACAGGUAAUUAUGCCAUCGAUUAAUUGUCAGAAAUAACAGACCCACCUCUUACAGUGCGCUCGAGCAGCUCUAUAGGGCGCGCGGCAGUUGUAGUAGCGCGUGCCGCAUCGCUUCCUCGUGAUUUGUGCGGAGUCUGUGGCAAAGCAAGGCGCGCUAGGGGCGCGACAUGGACUUACUGAGGAAUGGAAUCAACAUUUAUCAUUAUCGCGUUAUUGUCGACAAUUUUUACCUCAUCGUCGGCAAUUUUUACCUCAUCGUAGAUGUUUUUGGCGGUUUGUCGAAAAAGAGCGGGAAAAAGUGCAGCGAGCGCUCUUCAAUUCAACGUCUUCAGGAAAAACAAAGAUGAAAUAAGAUUUAAAAAAAAGCUUGCUUGUUGUUUGAAUUCAAGCAUUAAAACGGAAUAAAGGGGAUUUUUAUAUCCUUCUAAAAGACACUCGAAGUAGAAGAUAACAUUAUGUGUCAAAUAACGUGAAAAAAUAUAGUAUUUUUCUUGCUAUAUCGAUAAGGGGACGUAGCCUAAACCUGCCUUUUAAAGAAAAAAAUGUUUUAUGUAUAUUUCAAACGUUCACUGACUAUAGAUUUAAUCUAACUUUGUUAAACGUCAAGCUAGUAAAGUAACAAGCACUAUAGCUGUCCACAGUAGCCUAUUACUGUAGAGUAAAUCACCAUAGUAUUACUCUAGUGCGCACAGAUUUGAUCUGAAGCAGAUCAGCCUCAUUAGGACUGCGGGCUUCAAACAUCCCACAGCGAAUAGACCUGAUCUGAGAUCUGCCUCACAAAAAAGUGCAAGAAAUCCCCCUCAUAUGGUCGCUAAAUGUCUUUAUUUGCAUUUACCCCGCUGUGUCCUUCACUGAAGCAUAAAUUAAUGUGAUUCACGGGACGAGAGAUUUUGCGCAGCGACCCAAAGGAUGAGCUGGAUGCUUCAUCCGCAUCAUGGAAAAAGCAGGAGAACACACUGCUGCAUCCCUGCAUUAAAACCAAGGAGUCUUGGAAUUUCAUCGGCUGAGGAUUUUAGCCUGCAACCGAACACUUUAUAGAUGGAUUUAUGUGGAUAAACAACCCAUGGGAUGGAGACGGGGAGAACUACUUUAAUGAGCACGAGGAAGACUGGAGCGUCCUAAAGCAGGAGCGCGAGAGGAUUCGUGUCAUUGAAACAAUGGCAAAUGGAUAAAUUAAGCUGGAGGUCUUGGAGUGUCCUCGAGAAGCAGCUCUAGAGGAUCCAUGUCAUUGCAUUGGUCCACUGCGCCGGUGGUGCUGAAAUCUGGAUGAUGCCGGCGCUGCGACUGCAGGGCUGCCGCUCCCUUCACAUUAACGAAGACAAUGGGCGCUUUCUGCUGCUCGCCGUGCUCAUCAUCGUGUACCUGCUGUGCGGCGCUGCGGUCUUUUCCGCCAUCGAGAGCCCGUCCGAGCUGCGAGCGCACGGGCGCUGGAACCGGACCCUCCUGAACUUUAGCGACACGUUCAAUAUCAGUUUGCAGGAUCUGAGCUCCUUCCUAAAAGAGUACGAGGCUGCGAUUGCUGCUGGAGUUCGGGUCGAUGCUCUUCGACCCAGAUGGGAUUUUACUGGGGCGUUUUAUUUUGUUGGGACAGUGGUGUCCACUAUAGGAUUCGGGAUGACCACCCCUGUGACAGUAGCUGGAAAGAUCUUCUUGAUAUUCUACGGUCUGUUAGGUUGUGCGGCCACCAUCCUGUUCUUCAACCUCUUUCUGGAGCGCAUCAUUACCCUGCUGGCUGUGGUGAUGAAGGCUGUGCGUCUGCGGCGUUUGCGGACCAGCGGCCUCCUGCCGCCGGGAAUCUGCCAGGACUUUGCAGCCAGUACGCUGCCUGGUUGGAAGCCCUCGGUGUACCACGUGAUGCUCAUUCUGGGUUUAUCGGCCAUCGUGAUUUCCUGCUGUGCGUCGGCCAUGUACACUCCAGUAGAGGGUUGGGCGUACUUGGACUCGCUCUAUUUUUGUUUCGUCACCUUCAGCACAAUUGGUUUCGGGGAUUUGGUGAGCAGUCAGAGUGCUGCGUACGGCUACCAAAGCCUUUACCGGUUGGCCAACUUUCUCUUCAUCUUGGCUGGAGUGUGUUGCAUCUACUCUCUCUUCAACGUCAUCUCCAUCGUUAUCAAGCAGGUCCUCAACUGGAUGUUGGGGAAAAUGAGUUGCUUGUGCUGCCAGCGCUGCAACAAAGCGAACGCUUUCUUGGGACGACGCAACGCCAUCAGGCCCGGCUCGCGCCUCCGACGGGGACGCUUCGGGCAAACGCCGGACACGGACGGACCUUGCGAUAGUGACACAGAGGGCCGCAGGCUCUCGGGUGAGAUGAUCUCCAUGCGGGACCUGACGGGAUCCAAUAAAAUCUCAUUGGCCAUUAUGCAGAAACAGCUCUCGGAGUCAGCAAACGGAUAUCCCAGAACGGUGUGCGGAAGCUCACGGCAAAACGGCUUUUCCGGUGGAGUCGGUGCUCUUGGCAUAAUGAACAACCGAUUAGCAGAAACCAGUGACUCUAGGUAGAGGUAACCUUUGACUAACCAGGGGAUCUCUUGCCACUGUUUGAAAAAUUCAGCUGAGGGUUUUAACAUGAUGAGAUGCACCAAUGAGCUGAGCAGAGGAACUUCAAAGCCAAACUCUGUUGUUCCCCAAAGAGAAGAGGGGAGGAUCUGAAGAGAUGGAGUGAGACAGAGUGAAGGAGAAUAAAGUGAAGAAGCCCUGAGAGAGAGUAUGAGCCAUCUAUCAGCACAGAACUAGACUUCCAGCGGAGCUCAGAGCAAUCAUCUGCCGACCAAACGUUAGUGCCCUCAACCCCUCCUCUAUUAUCUUAUUAACACCGUCUGUAGAGUAAGGAAAAGUCAGCUUAGAUGGUGUUUGCUACACCUGCCCUUGACAUAUAGUUUGGAAGCCUGGUUUUCAAUAGAGGAAGUUUCUAUUCUUAUAGAACAAUGAAUGUGUUUACAUGCACAAUCCUACACUGAUUGUGCUAAAAAAAAAAAAACAGACAACGUGAGCUUAAUGAGAUUUUCAUGAAAUAAAGCAACAAAACGCUAGUAUGUGUGUUUACAUGUGAAGUGGAAUGGGUGUAAUUGGUAUAAAUCAGUUUUGCUUUAACCACUUCCAAGUUAAAAGAACACGUAAAGUUGUGGUCCUCUUCGGUCAAAAACGGCAGAAACAUUUUACGUUUUGAUUUUUAAUUUUUUUUUGCUUCAUCGGAAUGGGAUGAAACUUGGUGGCUUUUGUCGCAUUAGAUUUGUGAACACACAAAAAAAUCAUGGACAUGAUUCGGAUAUGUUAAAGGGUCAAAAAUAAAAAUAGUCACACUUGGCUCCUUCGUGGUCAAAAAUGACCGACAUAGGAAAUGAACUGGUGUGGCUGUAACAACAUGGUAAAAUUGAGCCAAAAGACUCAAAUAACGUGUUAAAAUCAGAUCAGAUCUAGAUUUAUUAAGCUGUGAUAAUACAUACUUGUUCAUUUUUGUUACAUUUUUAUUGUAUUUUGAUGUUAUGUGUACAUUUGUGUUCAGGUUUGAGUGUAGUAGAAUUAAUGCAAAAACUGACACUUCAAAUCAACAUUUCAAACAAACUUUGACAAAAAGUAGUCUUUGAGAAUGUCUAAGUAUAAAUCCAAAUAUACAGCUUAAUAAAAAUAAGUAUUUAUGUCUAAAAACCACUGGAGAAUUUAUAAGCCACUUUAUAUAGAACUAUAUAGGAAUCUAGUGGUUACACUACAAGGCAUUACAUAAGUUUUUCUUUUUUUACUCUCACCAGAUGGCACUAAUCUACCUUCAAAAAACUGGAUUUUAAAUGCCUUGUCUCUAUUUUAACA